AUGGAUAUCAUCAUUUUAAUAUUAGUAUCUAUUGGAAGUAUAACAUCGAUUGGAAUACUUUCCUUGAUGUUCUAUCAUCGUCGUCAAUAUCCAAUAAAUACUUCAAGUAUUCUUAUUUGUAAUACAUAUUUAGCUAUUAUACUCAGUUGUUUGACUUUGCUUGAUAUGUAUGCAUAUAAUCUCUAUGGUCUUUUACAUGAAAAUACUGUUGUUAAUAAUUGGUGGUGUUAUGGACGUAUAUAUCUUCUUGAUGUUGGAACUGGUUCAUUGUAUUUUUCAUGUUUACUAAAAGCAUGUUUUCGUUUAUUUAGUAUUGUUUUUUAUAAAAAUAAACGAUUACAGAGUUUUCAAUUUGCAUUACAAAUUGUUAUUCUUCAGUGGAUUAUCGUUUUUCUCCUAUUAAUAUACCCAUUAGUUUUACAAUAUUAUACAUAUACAUCAAAUUUAUAUCAAUGUCAAUUACCUUUUACUAAUUUUAAAGCAGUAAUGAGUGUAUCUACAAUUCUAUUUUUUAUUCCUAUGAGUAGUAUUGGAUUAAUCUAUUGCUACAUCAUGUUUUAUAUUAAACAUCGAACUAGUACAUUAAUGCAACAAAAUCGUGAACGAUCAUAUCAAAGAGAUGUUGUGGUUCUUCGUCGUAUCAUAAUUUUAGUUACAAUACUUGCUAUUUUAUCUUCUCCUACAAUUGCUCUAUGGAUGUAUUAUAUAGUUACAAAUUAUUUAGCUGCACAAAUAUAUCAUAUUCAAUGGUUAAUACAUUCCGUAUCUUUAUUGAUUUUAUCAAUAGCACUUGUAUUUUUAAAUUCUGAACUACAGAAACUGUUAUCGAUAUCAUUGCGACAAAAUCGACGUAUUCAACCAGCAAUAAUAAUGCAACAACAAAGAUUGAAGCAAUCAAAUGAAACAUGA